UCAGAGUCUCAGUGUGGUGCCAACGUUCGUUGGAUUGACUUUGCAUUGCUCUCUGUUUUUGGUGAAAUACAUAAUAUAUAGAUGGGUUCCUGGAAGCCGCUGCUGUUGCUGCAGCUUCUAAUCUUGUCAAGCAGCAAAUGCUAUGGCCAAUCAACUUCAAAACAAAAUGUUAUCUUACUGUUAGCCGACGAUGCCGGCUUCGAGAUGGGAGCCUAUCUAAACAAAUAUUGCCAGACGCCAAAUUUGGAUAAACUGGCACGCAGUGGAUUGCUCUUCAAUAAUGCCUUCACCUCGGUCAGUAGUUGCAGUCCGAGUCGUGCCCAGCUGCUGACUGGACAGGCUAGCCAUACGAAUGGUAUGUAUGGACUCCAUCAAGGUGUCCACAAUUUCAAUGUCCUGCCCGAGGUCACGAGUUCACUACCAAAUGAACUGCGGAAACAGAGCGGAGGACGUGUUCUGAGCGGCAUCAUUGGCAAGAAACAUGUUGGUAGUGCCACAAAUUUCAAAUUCGACUUUGAGCAGACAGAGGAGCAACAUUCCAUCAAUCAAAUUGGACGUAAUAUCACUCUGAUCAAGCAGUAUGUCAGUGAUUUUCUCAGUAAGGCUAAAAACGAUGCAAGUCCCUUCUUGCUGGUGGUGGGAUUCCAUGAUCCACAUCGUUGUGGUCACAUUACUCCUCAGUUUGGUGAAUUCUGUGAACGCUGGGGCAGUGGUGAGGAAGGAAUGGGUUCAAUACCCGACUGGAAACCCAUUUACUAUGACUGGCGUAAUCUGGAUGUUCCCGCUUGGCUACCCAACACGGAUGUUGUGAGAAAGGAAUUGGCUGCCCAAUACAUGACCAUUUCCCGUCUAGACCAAGGUGUGGGUCUAGUUCUACGAGAGCUAGAAUCUUCAGGUUUGGCCAAUGAAACGUUGAUAAUUUACACCUCAGACAAUGGACCACCUUUUCCGGGUGGACGCACCAAUCUCUACGAGCAUGGCAUACGCUCCCCGUUGAUCAUUAAAUCACCUGAGAAGACCGCACGUCAUGGUGAGACUAGUGCCGCUAUGGUCAGUCUUUUGGACAUAUAUCCAAGUGUUCUGGAUGCUCUACAGUUGCCUCUACCGAAUGCUACAACAUUUAGUGGAAAAUCUUUAUUACCCGUUUUACAUGAGGAGCCACCGGCAAAGGAAAACGAUGCUGUCUUUGGUAGUCACAACUAUCACGAGAUCACCAUGGCCUAUCCCAUGCGCAUGAUCCGUAAUAGACGCUAUAAGCUUAUACAUAAUCUCAACUACUGGGCCAACUUUCCCAUCGAUCAGGACUUUUACACAUCACCCACGUUCCAGCAGAUCCUCAAUGCCACCAUCAAUAAGCAGCAAUUGCCGUGGUAUCGCACCCUCUUACAGUAUUACCAGAGACCAGAAUGGGAACUAUAUGACAUAAAGAUAGAUUCCCUGGAACGAGUGAAUCUCGUGGACAAACCCAAAUAUAGUGCCACCUUGAAGCAACUUCGCCAGCAGCUCUACCAGUGGCAAAUCGAUACCAAAGAUCCCUGGCGUUGUGCCCCUCAUGCUGUGCUCCAGGAACAGGGCGUCUUCAAGAAGAAUCCUGUAUGCCUAACACUCGGACAUGAGGCCCUGCAAAGGCCCAAACGAACCCUGCUGACUCAAUACGAGGAAUAUGUUAUUGUCUAAAUUCAGAUAACAUUCGAUUGAUUAAGUUGUUUAUUAUCAGAAGUCGAGCAAAAACAGCGCCAACUGCUUUGUGAUAAGCUUGUUGCUAUCGCCAAACACUUGGUGCCUAGUUCAAAAAUAUUUCGUUUCCCUAGGGAUUCAACAUUUCACCAAUAAAUUCUUAUAGAAAUUAAUAAAUGCUGUUUGCUUUGGGCAUUAACAACAAUA